AUGAUGUUCUCGAACUGGCUCCACCUCCGACGAAGGCUUAAGGAAAUCUCACCGGGCACGCCGCCUAGGUCGAGACGUUUCUCAUGCUCCUCUUUCAAAGACAUUCACCACCUUCUCUCAGAGGACGAGUCCUCACCGGAGCCUUAUUCUCCAAGACUUCAAGUCCUUCACAAGUCACGUAGCCUCAAGAUCGACCGUUGCACCUGGAGAACUCCCCCUUCGACCACGGAGACGCUCUUCUCCAACACCGACCAUGGAGCCGUGGUUCUCUACUACACCAGCCUCGGUGCCAUACGUAAAACAUCCAAGGAGUGUAAGGCCGUCCGAAAAAUCCUCCAUGAGCUCCGUAUCCCUGUGGACGAGAGAGACUUGGUGAUGGACUCAAGGUUUCUCGACGAGCUGCAUGCGAUUUUUGGGACCAGGAACGUGGAGUUGCCUAAGGUUUUCAUCGGUGGGAGAUACAUUGGAGGGGCGGAGGAGGUCACGAAGUUGCAUGAGAGCGACGAGCUGAGGAAGAUGGUUGGAGAAUUACCACAGCCCGAGGGAAGAUACGGUGAGAUCUGUGAUAUGUGCGGAGGAUGUAGGUUCGUUGUUUGUGAGACAUGUAAUGGUAGCCACAAGAUCUUCUCGGAGAAAAAUGGAUUUAUUUGUUGUACGGUUUGUGAUGUAAAAGGUAUUGUUAGGUGCUCGUCUUGUUUCCCGAUGCAUCGGAGACGGUACUCUGAUAUAUAUCUCCGGUAG